CAUAGCCCUGAUGUUGUCUGAUGUUAUCAAACUGCCCAGUGGUCAUAAGAUGCCUGGACACUGUGAUCUCUGUGUGCCACUCUGCCCAAUGUGAGGAAGACAUUUCUAUGACAGGACCGGGGAAGGGAUUGAGUGUUGGACGCUGCACAGGGGCUGGCAGAGAAAUUCUUAGUGUCUUUAAAUUACACUGUUACUCAGAGAUCUUUCCCAUGUAGAUCCUACAGUGAGAACUGCAAUUAGUGACCGUGAGACAGAGAGACUCUGAAGCAGACCUGCCCCAGCCCGGCUCUUGUAAAUACUUGGUUCAGACCCCUGGACGUUGGAAGAAAGAAAGCAAGGUGUGUGGGAGAGAAGAAGAAUAGGAAAGACCAGCGUCCCACAGUGGAGGGUUCACAAUGAGUGAACUGAGUCCAAUGUACUUGUCUGUGACUAUAUCCAGCCAGGAGCCUGAGGAUGAAAAUUAUGGAUGCACAAAAGAUUAUUUAACUGCAGUGAUCAUUGACAGCAUCACUCUACUCCUCUGCCUGUUCGGGCUGGUGGGGAAUGGGAUUGUGCUCUGGUUCCUUGGUUUCCAUAUUAAGAGGAACAUUUUCACUGUCUACAUCAUCAACCUGGCUGCUGCUGACUUUGGCUUCCUCCUCUGCCUGCCUGGUUUCCUUAUAACCUUUAAUGCCAGACAUUUAUUUUGUUUUCCUUUAGUGGGACUUAACUUAAUAAACUCAUUUCAACUGCUGUCUUUGCUCGCAUACAGCACCAGCCUUUAUCUCCUGACGGCCAUCAGCACUGAGCGGUGUGUGUCUGUCCUCUUUCCCAUCUGGCACCGAUGCCACCGCCCAAAGAACUUGUCUGCCAUUGUCUGUGCCCUGCUCUGGGCUCUCUCCAGCCUGCUGUCAGGAAUAGUGUAUUCUUUGUGUUUUGUUGAUGGAACUGAAAAUUGUUGGCUUACGUUCCUACCCAUGUAUGGCCUGAAUUUCCUCAUUUUUGCUCCCAUCAUGAUUGUGUCCAGUCUGAUCUUGUUCAUCAAGCUCCGACAUAGCUCACAGCGACGUCAGCAAGAAAAGCUCUACACUGUUAUCUUGCUCACUGUCCUUUUCUUCCUCAUCUUUGCUGUUCCCCUCAGUGUACAAUACUUCCUUGACCUUAUUCAUUAUAGUCAUGCUAAUGAGCUAUCUUACCUGCUGGCUUCUAUAAACAGCAGCAUCAACCCAGUUAUUUACUUCUUAGUUGGGAGCUACAGGCAGCACCGAUUCAGAGGCUGCCUCCAGGUCACACUCUGGAGCAUCUUUGAAGAAAAGACAGAUUAGAAAGAGCGUGGAGAAACCUCCAGACAAGACACAGUGAAGAUGUCAAUUUAAUCUCAGCAGUACCCAGUCUGGGACACUCUGUUCUCAGGAUGGAGAUUUUUCUAGUUCACAUCAUCAAAGAAAUUAAAGAUGGAAAGGACACACUAGGUCAUUUGCUAAAUUCUUCCUCUUCCCGACCCAGAGCAGGAUCCUUCCUAAAGUUGAUCCCCAGGUUUCUGUGCAGUUGUAAAGAACACCAGUGGGUCACAUGGGACUCAAUCCUUCUCCCUUUGGAAUCAGUGGGGGAAGUCCUGUUGGCUUGAAUGGAAGCAGGAACAGAUCCAUAAUGGGCUCAUUAACUUUGUUUUUGAAAAGCCACUGAACAGUAAUUUCACUUGUAGUGGCACGUCUCCCAGUGUUGCCUGAAGACUGAUGCAGAAGGUGCUUCUAUGCAACUCUGGACUCUUGCUUCUGCAGGUUGAUAUUUGAAACCUUCACCACUAUUGCAGUGGAAACAAUUAAGAAUUACUAUGAACUAACCAGUGAGUUUAAAUCAUCUAUUAAUAAGCCCUGGCAUUUGUGGCAUAAGCUUCUUUAGUGAUGUUUAUUUGCAAAUGUUAUGUCUAAUUUCAAGGAUGUAAUGUGGUAACUUACUGGUAUCAUUACUAUGUAAACACAAAAUAUGUUAUGUAGUAAUAUGAAAACAAAUGACUACACUGUAGCUGGAUUUUAAUAUAAGAAACCUUCUGAGCAAGAAAUAUUAACGUAUAUUGGGGGAAUUAUCUAGCAAUGCUUAAGCAACAUUGUUACUAAACACAGAAACAGAAGAAGAACCUCUACAAGGAUGGUCAGAAGGACAAUGGCUUCUUUGAUACCUGUUUAAGUUUAAUAACUCUCUAAGAAUCACUAGAGUACAAAUACAUUUUUAAAAGCUAGCAGGCUUUUAUACUGGAAGUAGAGAUGUUCAGUCUCAGUAGAAACAGAAUUUCAACUGCUAUUCAGUGCUAAUGGAAUUAAAAGAACAUCUAAGAAAAUGACUUGAAUAACAGUUAAAACUCCAUGGCAGGGGCAGAGGCCAUGGGGAAGAAGUGGA